AUGCGUCUCUCGUCCAUAUUCCGCAAGCUGUGUGGUGGAAGUCAUACAAGCCCUCGCUCACCCUGUCCCACCCUUUCGGAUGAACCAGCCAGCGUGUCUCCAUCCCCUCCUGAGCAGCCAUCAUCGCCUGAACUCUUGGAUGAUGAUGUCUAUUACCUCCUUCAAUUACCACACGAAUUACUCUUUCUCUGCUCCAGCUAUAUGGAUCAACAGAGUCUGAACUACAUCACACAAACCUGCAUAUAUACUCAUCGACUUACAGCCAAGUUUGAUUUAACCACUCGCCGUGCGCCAACCCACGCAUAUGCCGAGUGGUAUGAAUAUCGCAUUCGGAACUCUGCGGUGAUGCCAUCUAGAUAUCCCGAGCCCCUGAGAGACGCCGUGGUAGAAGGGAACUAUCAUCAAGUCCAUAAAUGGCUCGAAGAGCACGCGGAUCCUAAUUCUUGGGAUUUACGUGGAACUUACAUGCUGGUCCAUGCUAUACAACAGGGUCACUACAAUAUCACCCAACUCCUACUACGAUUUGGCGCGGACCCUAAACGUGAAGAGGCGUUAACAUUAGAUCACGUCAUAAGCCGCCUUUAUUUUAAUCGCCCAGUUAUUGACUGGUUCGAACUGCUCCUUCCUUAUGGAGCGAAGUUUAAGAAAAGGGAAACAUUCGAGUUGCUUUGGGCGACGGGAAGGGCCGAUCUCUUGCGACAAGCAUCAAGAAAUGUGCCGGAUAUUGCUGAUAUAGAUGGCCUUCUUGAACAGGAAGUCAACCCUGAUAGAAGGGCCCCGACAGAGUACUUCAACGGGACAUAUGUCGGUCCAGAUGGCCGCAAUCAUUAA